AUGAACCAUGAAUAUUCGACCGACCCGGUCCCCCGGUUCAAGCCUAGUGGUUCGGAGGAGAACACUGAACAGGAUGCACCUGCGAAGAUGUUGCUCUGGGAGGCUGGACACGCAGGGGAGAUAAGUAUAGGAAGAACGUACCCUAGCAGGUUACAUGAUAUCCAAGAUUCUGCGACUGUCCCUGACCAGUCUCUUAAUCCACCCACUUGUACAACCGAUAGAGCUCCAGUAGAUAUGGACCUGUCGCGAGAGGACGUGCCUGACAACCCGGUUCCGAAUUCAUUUGGCGGUCCUCAUUACCACUCGUCCCUCAAUACCGACUCUAGCAUUUCCGCGUUGCUCAACUUCAAUUUGCCCACCGGCCCCGUUUCCCAACCUAUAUCCUUCAUUCGACCAUCAAUAGACGUGACCGGAUACACUGUUAACCAGUCGUCGGGCCUGCCUGACUACCAGAACCUCUCUGGUUCUCCUCCGGCUAAUAUGGGCCCUGUAGGGACUUCCUCCGGUAGCCCUUCGGAUUCCCAUGGAACUCUCUCGCCUCGUUCACUUGACACAAGUCUGUUCACAUCUAGUACAUCUGGGGACCAGAAAGAGUCUCCAGAUAUGUUUCUACCUGGCCCUAUUGACGGACAUCCCGGCGCAGCACCAGAUAGGGCAAAACAUGCCAGGUCGAAUUCUUUCUGUGCACGGCUGGGUAAUAGUCGAGUUACAUUUGAUGAGUACCGUGGCCCUACGAACUCUGAGAAAUGGCGCGCCUAUCUCACUAGUGUAACUGAUCACUACGGUAUGGACUGUGGCCGUCCAGAUAUGGACUUGGGGAAUAACGAUGAUCACUCGGCGAUUGAUAUCGAUGAUGCGCUCGGCACUGUUCAAUCGCAGACAACGAGCAAAGUUUCCAGCCCGGAGACUACCCAAAUGGAAAACGCGCAAGACAGGGCGAGGGGCUGCAAGUACGACUAUUAUGCGUCAUCUGUGGCCAUUAAUAUCCCAAGAUAUUUGUCACCACUUCCGCCAUCUCUAGUAAAUGUGCCCAUCAACCUGAUGUAUUUCCAUCAUUUUCUCAACCACACUGCAAGAGUGCUGGUUACGCAUGACUGUGGAGACAACCCUUUCAGUUCUGUUCUACCCUCCAUGGCCAUCGGUGAUUCAAAUCUCCUCAACUUAAUGCUCGCGUACUCGGCAAGCCACCGGGCAAGGUUCCUGGGCCACCCUGAGCCUGCUAAUAGGAUUGCCCACUGGGUGAGAAAUGUCUUCCCCUCUUUGCGCUUGGCUCUGGAGAAUACGCAAGAGAAGAUUACCGACAGUCAUCUCGCGACUGCCAUUAUGCUGCUUUCAUUGGAGAUAGUCUCUCCAAGUACAUUUGAGGUCCCGAUACCUUGGCAAUGCCAUCUCAAACUGGCUCGUGACCUGUUUCUAGCGCGCAAAAGCCAGAUGGCUUAUCCUGGAAACCGGGUCGGGGCAUUCCUUACCCGCUGGCUUGGUUACCUCGAUAUAUUAGGCUCGCUGUCGUGUCGACAUCACUUGCCGCCUCUAUUGGAGUAUUAUUCCGUUUUGAAUACGUGCACUAUUGUUGAGGAUUGGGAUGAAUUUGCGAUUGAUUGUAUGACCGGAUUUACUCCCCGAACUGGUCUUUUCUUGAUGCAGCUUGGGGGACUAGUGCACCAAUGUGACAAUGAAAGGUUUGACGCCACCGGAGAGUUCCUGCCCGACUGGCAACCCUCUCCGGAUAUAGUUCGCAGAGCUGAAGCAUUGAUAUCUGACUGGGAAACACUGGAUGCGCAUGCGCAUGCGUACGAAAAACACUACCAAGACUGCGAGUCCUCAGAUAUUAUAUCUAUCGACCGUGCGUUUCGAUAUGCCGGCUUAGUCCACCUCCAUCGCCGAGUUCUUGGUGAUCCCCCCAACUCGGAUGCGGUGUCGAAAGCCUUGAAUGGUCUGAUGGAGUCGGUAACAGCAAUUCAGUCGGGCUCUGCGAUCGAAGCUGGAGUAUUGUUUCCGAUUUUCACAGCGGGGUGCGAAACGCAGAACCUCGAACAAAGAGCCGAGAUAAAGGAGCGAUUAGAGACCUUGGAGGGAAUUGGGAUGAAGCAGAUCCAGAAUGCUCGCACGCUAAUGCAGAGGAGCUGGGACACCAAUUUGCCCUGGAUCGCCUUCGCGCAGGGAGAGUUUAUUGGCUGCCCCUUUCCAAAAAUGGAAGGCUGCAAUGUCUCAGAUCCCCGAGGAGCAGGAGUCUUCACCACCUACGCCCUGCUCCUCUUCUCCACCCUGACCUCCAUUUCUUUGAUUUUUUGCGUUGUUUUGUCCUUUCUUGAGUCUCGCAUCUUGAACCUCACUCGCAUCUCAGUUGCGGGACAUACCAACAGCAAUUCUCGUCGCUGCGCAGGGCAAGAAGCACAGCAGCAGGGCGAAACAGUACCAAACCAUAUGGCUUACUCCACGGACCUUCUCGAUGGUGGAAUAGAAGAUAUCCAGAUUCAACCGCUUUGUCCGUUGCUGAUGACGCCGUUGCCCGAUGAAAACAGUCAUCCACUUAUUGGUGACCCGGGCGAUUUGUUAGGUAGUAUUGUGGAUAAUCUCAAGAUAUCUGCACUGGACCCCAAGUGGGAUGGAAAUAUCUGUUGGGCAUUGAAAGGUUCCAGCAUCUUUAAUGACGCCGAUGAAGAGAUCGACGCCUUCAACGCUCGCUCAAAUAUGAUUGAACGUCAGCCCUACUCUGAGCUGUGGGUCUUCCAGUAUGGUCUUCGCUACAUCCCCGCCCUCUCUGAUCGUGAUGUCUACCGCACCAUCCGCAUCGAAGAGCUCCCUCGUGAUGUUGUGAUGAGCCAGGUCCUUCCGCUUAUCGUUGGUGAGGUCUACUGCGCUAGACUGGCGGAUACAAGAAACAUCAGCGGCUAUAACACAGCCAUGAUCACUUUCGUUACGCAGAAAGAUGCUGUCAAGUUUGUGACUUUGAUCGCAAACAAGACAAUUGUCCUACCAUUCGGGAAACUUGUCCCUGUCCAUACACCGACCUACCCCAUGCCUGCUGAAACAGACCGCUUGAUCGCCGAAGAAGGCUACACCCGCACACUAGGCGUAUUCCACAUCAGACCAUCGCUCAAAGCAGAGAUCAUGCGCGUCCUAAAUAACACAAACUUCAAAUACUCCUUAGAGGUGGAAGCUGUUGAUGAUGGCCCCGCUGUUGGCGAAGUUUCCGUGAAGAUGCUGUCAGUCAAGGCAGCGGCAAUGUUGUUUGAAUGGCUUCGGAAGCACCCAGCCCUAGGCAAAUGUCAAUUUCGAUUCUUGCAACAAAAUGGCGCGCCCUCUGAGGCAAGACCUGUGGUGUUGAACGCUGAUUCACAAACUGCCAGCUGGUAG